AGAUGGAGAAAAACUGAAGUAACCUUUUUUCGCAGAAUUUGGUUUAGUUUUGGCGCACGCACUUUGUAAGAAAACUACAUCCAACAACCAUUACCUCUCCUUGCAUACUUCCCCAAUUUACUUUUCUUCAUCUUCGAGCAAUUUCAUCUAAUUCGAUCUUUUUUGGGGUUUAGUUUUCGUGUCUUAGUUGUUUGAACAUGCCCAUUUUUUACCUCGAUUUCCACUCAAUUUCUCGGGAUUAUCAGAGUUGGUGUAGGAUUAAGGGAAAUAGGAGGUUUUGUUGUUGUUGAUGUUCGAGGUGAAGGGCUGGUUUGUGUUUCUUCUUUUUUAUAAAUGAUAAUUUCUUGUGGUUUUGUUGAUUUUUCGAAUUAGGUUUUGGUGUGGGGCUUAUUUGGGGUUUUGAUCAUUUCGUGGGAAGUCUGAAUUUUUAUGUGAAUUUCUCGACGGUUCUGUUGCUGUUGUGUUUAAUUGGUAUCGUGCAGAGUGUUUCUUUUCUUGAUUUGUUUCUUGGUUUGGGGUUGAAUUUGGAUUGUUGAGUUUGUAAAGUGAGAUGUAUAUUGAGGAAUUGAAAGAGGGGAAUUCUGAGUGCGGUGAGCAGAAAGUGUGUGGUGAUCUUUGUGAAGGGGAUUUAAUCGUUUGGGACCCGAAAAGGCUCUUGGUCGGGGCGGGUGCACGAGCUCUUUUCUAUCCAACAUUGUUGUAUAAUGUUGUCAGGAAUAAGAUUCAGUCCGAGUUCCGGUGGUGGGAUAGGGUUGAUGAGUAUGUUUUGCUCGGAGCUGUUCCAUUUCCAACUGAUGUGCCACGCUUGAAAGCUCUUGGCGUAGGCGGGGUUGUUACUUUAAAUGAAUCAUAUGAGACUUUAGUUCCCAGUUCACUAUAUCAUGAUCACGGCAUUGACCACUUGCUGAUUCCCACAAGAGAUUACCUUUUUGCUCCCUCGCAAAGGGAUAUAUGCCAAGCUGUAGAAUUUAUCCAUGGCAAUGCACUUUGUGGAAAAACUACAUAUGUUCACUGUAAGGCUGGCCGAGGACGCAGCACUACAAUCGUUCUCUGUUACCUUGUUAAACACAAGGAAAUGACACCAGGAGCUGCAUUUGAGUAUGUGAGAUCCAUCCGCCCACGGGUCUUGUUGGCCUCCUCCCAGCGGCAGUGUGUUGAAGAUUAUUACAAUGGGUUGAAAAAAUCCGGGGCCGAGAGUCGUGUGGUAAAUGCUCCAAUAACAACUUUGAGCUUACCCGAGACUGAGGGAGCUGAUGCGGAAGAGUUUGACGACAACUCAUUGGUGUUGAUCACUGAAUCAGACCUUGAUGGAUACGACGAAAACCAUGAAUCAGGGGAAGUGGGAGAGAAGAUGAUGAGUGAAAUAAACCUUGCUUGCAAGGUGCAGUUUGUGAGCCAAGCAGCUAUAUCGAGGCUGUCGUACCUGUGGGUUCGUUACCAGACGGGGUCGAGGAGGAGUAUGGGGGUUGACAUACAUGUUUAUUGAUGGAGGGUGAGAGGUUAGGGAAUAAAGAUGGGGUUGGUUUUUUGGUGAUGGUGGUGAGAGGGAUGUAUGUAUGAGUACAGUUGCCGAAGAAGAGUUACCGGAUUUGGUAAGUGUACAGUCACAGAGGUUGUGGUGUUUUUAUUUUGUCAUGUAACUUGGGAGUUGAGCAAGUACAAAAAUAUUUAUAUAUAUGUAUAAGCCUUUGGGUUUUCAAAGCAGUA